AUGACCUUUAAACGGCUGAAAGGCAGCUCCCAUGGCGUAUCAGCCCAAAAUGAACCGGAUUCAGGUGAAAGCCUGACAGUGAUGAAUGGGCGUAUUCUGCCAGACCUGCACAGAAAUGCUUCGGCCCAACCAACGUCGGCUCCGAUGCACGACAGUCAGGACCAGCGACUAUCCCAUGAUAGACAUAUUCCGUCUAGUCGGCUUCUUCCCAACCCCGAUGAACGGAGACAACAGGGUACCUAUGACACGCCUCUCACCACCAUCGACUGCCGCCGGGGACCUCAAGGUAUCGGUCAUGAAAACCAACGAACGUAUACCUUCAAUGGCUGCACAUUCGAUAACACAAGCAUGGUAAUUAUUGGAAGCGCAAGCUCUAAGAACGAAACUGUGGUCCUCCGUGAUGCUAAAAAUGGCCGAGGCUUUUUUGCCAAUGGAGACAUGGAUAAAGAAACCUUCUUGAGGGAAUUCUGUGGAAAGAAGUAG